AGACUACAUGACUCCGCGCGUAUGGGAUAGAACGGUCAACCCAGUUCCAUAUGAGGUUUGCAACGUAUGCUCAAGUCACUUCCAGGUCACCUUAGACUGAAAGACUCCCAGAGGCAAUGCUGAGUUCUGCAUCUUUUUAGCUGGUCCUGCAGAAGCAAUCUAAUCUUCAUGGCUUUGAAGCCGACACGAAAGAGAGGUGCAUGUAUUGAUGUUGCCCCAUAUGGCUUAGGCUGAAACACUGCGAUGCUGUUAUAUUUUUGAAAAAUGUUAACAGAUUUAGGAUAAAUGAAGCAGUCUUACACAUAUGAGAUGAUGGGGCAAAAGUGCUUCGUAACACUCAAGAUGCACCAGCAGCUGUACAAAGAACAUUUGAGCCUUCAGAAGUCAUUUUGUACUCUUUAUAAGCAUAUGUCAGAAGCAAAUGAUACAAAGCAAGCAAUACAUUGGUUUCAUGAGAAAAUCAGGUUGCAAGCCACUCUGAAGCAGUUUAAAUCACAAGUAAUGAAGUUGCAGAGACAGCUAGAAGAAUCGAAUGAACGAUGUGAAUUGCUAGAAUUUUGCUUGCUUGAACUGGAAAAUCAAGGAAAAACCACUGGAAGUGAAGACUUUGAAGAUAAAGGUGUAAACACAGACUUAGACUGGAAAACAUGGGAAAGAAACAUCCUCAAAGACGUUCCAAACUAUUCCAGUUGGAAGGAAACUGAACAAGCUGGGACCAAAUUUAAAGAAAACGAAUUUAAAGCGGAAAUGGAAACUACGAAUUAUCGGUUGCAGCUGGAAGAAGCCCAGAAGAAACUUUCCAGUUUAACUGAGCAGCUCGAUAACGCAGUGAAAUGCAACUGCAAGUUGGGCGUCGGAAUGGAUUAUGUGAUUGCAACUGUCAACGAACUACAAUCGUUGAUAAAGUGGACAGCUGGGAAAAUGGAGAUAAAAGCGGACAGCGGGGUCAUAUUUCAAAAACUUCAACAGCUUGAAAGAAUUCAAAAGGACCUGGAGAAAACUGCGACAGAGUCUGAGCAAAUACGGUGUCGAGCUGAACAUGAAAAGACUUCUUGUACCUCAUGUAACGAGAUUGAGCAGGACAUUAAAGAAUCGGACACUUAUGAUGCCGCUUUAAUAGACAUGUGCGAUACAGAAUCACAAAGUGACCAACUGCUUUCUUUCGACUAUACUUUAAGAAAUUUAGAUUCCAUGACUUCUUCGCUAAAUUUGCUCGCUGAUGACCAAGCAAAUGAGGCGAACGCAUCGCCUUUAGUCGAUUUAGAUAGCCCUGAGAAGUCAGGAAUAGAGUGCUCAAACGUGCAGGUUCACGAAAUAUGUUCUGACAAUAAGGACCAUACUGAUGAAUCGCAUGAUUCUCUGGGCCACAAUAUCAGUGAAGACGAAGGAUUAGGUGAAGAAAGUCGUCGAGGGGAUUCAACGGGCCCUAGUAGUAUAGUCGAAAUUCAAGAUACUGUAACAAAUUUAAGUGCACUAAAUGCUAUUAUUGAACCUCCUUUAAAAAGUAAAAUUAUAGUAUUAGACCCUGAAGGGAAUGAAAAGUCAAAAAAUGAAUGGGUCAGGGAUUUGAAAGAGCCUCUCAAUUCUUUAGAUUUCUGUUUGUGUGCCAUUGAGAAUCUUCGAGAAAGUUUGAAAGCUAAAGAAAAUGAACUUCUUAAAUUGACAGCGCUUCAGAAUGAUCAAAAGCAAAUUGCAGCACUUCAAGAUGUUAUUGUUAAUUUCCAUAAAGAUACUCUUAACCUACGAUCUCAGUUAGAACUUGAAAAGAAAGAGAAAGCGUGCCUCAAAGAGCAGGUGCUUGAAUUAGAAGAGGCAGAGAAUGAUGCUAGGCUCCAAGCCCAAAAAUUAGGUGAAAAACUCAUUUUCCUUCAAGAAAAAGAUUCCCACUUUCAAGUGGAGCUGUGUGAAACAAAAAAAGCUCUUGAAAAAUGUUUCCAAGAAUUAGCUGCCAAAGAAACUGAGGAAAGGGAACUGAAGUCACAGUUAAAAUAUACCGAAGCUUUAGUUCAAAAAUAUGAGGAACAGGUUAGAGGAAUGGAAAUUACCGAACUUGAACUUCGGAAAAAACUAAUUGAAAAAGAAGAAGAAUUAAGAGCUUCUAAACUAUCAAACUUUGAAUCUAAACCCGACAAUUGUGAAAAAGGAACACAAACGUACUAUCCGCAAUCAAAAAGCACUGAUAUUUUUAGCAACGGAGUUCAGAAUAAUGAAAAUUUCUGUAUGCAAUCGAAUGAUAUUUCUACAGCUGUGUCUCACGAAAUGUUUAAGAAUAUUACUCAAGGUGUUGAUUGUGCUGUUCAGACUGAAAACGAUAUUGCCAUUUCAUGUGAAUAUGGAUCACAUUCUGAUCGAGAAGCGGAAAGCGCAAAUAAAACCUCAUCAGCAGAAAAUUCUCAAGAUUUAAGCACAACGGUUUCUUUAUCAAAUUUGGAGUGCCCUGUUCAAAAAGAGCUCCUCAAGAGGUUACACCAGUUAGUAGAAGAAGAUGCACAUUUACAACAACAAUUACAUUAUGUGGAUCAAAUAAAUCUUACACUUUGGAAAAAGUUACACAAUUUGGAAUUUCAUAUCGGCGAAUGCAAGAGAAAAAAUAUAUCUGAUGACUGUACAACGGACAGUUGCACGGAUUCUGAAUGUGAUCUCUCAAGUAGACCACUUUCGAGAGAGCAAAUUCACGAUGAGUGUGUUGAAAGUAAGGAUGGAAGUCCAAGCUCUCAUAAAGGUAUUAUCGCUUGUUUAGACCAAAGUGAGCAAGAAAUUAAGGAAAGGUUGAUGAAAUUAGAGCAGAUUAAUGCUUCAUUCGAGAAAGAAUUAGAAAAUCGCGAAAAACUUUACUUGGAGAAGGAGCGAAAGUAUGGUGAGUGGAUGAAGACCGAGCAGAAGUUUAUUGGGGACUUAAAAAGACUGGAAGAGGAGAGGGAUUGUUUGGUAGAACAAGUAUCAAGGCUGCAAAAAGAGAAAGAGGAACUUGUUGAACGUGUUCAUGAACUAGAAAAGGAAAUGGAAAAUGUUAAGGAAAGGCAUCGGCUGGAAACAGAAAAGAUGAAAGCUGAGCAAGACAAAAUGACACAACAAUUAGAAUUAAAAGUAGAUCAAUUGCUUGCAAAAGAAAAAGAACAUCUAAAGCAAAUAACAAAUCUUAAAAUUGAAAGAAGUAAAAGUGAUAACCGAACUGAAUCAGAGAAACUAAAAGCAAGUUACGUAGAACUUCAAAUUGAGCUUAGUCGCACACGAGACAAAAUACGUACAAUGGAAGAAGAUUUCAAAGUUCGCAUGGACGAAACUCGUAGCAAACAUAUGCUGGAAGAAGCCCGAUUAUUAACAGAGCUGGAAAUGCUUCGUAACAAAAAUUUAGGAUGCGACGAAAUGAUUAAUAGUUUCCAAUUGAGGCAAAAUGAGUUGAUGAGCAUUUUGAGGCAAAAGGAGCAGGAUCUGGAGCAGGCGAGACUUGAAUAUAAAAGGAAUAUGGAAGCCACAGAAGAAGCGCACCGUAAAGUUGAGGCUGAACUUAAACGACAGCUUAGAGAAAUGGAAGAAGGAACAGCUUUAACUACCCAAGCACUUACGGAUGAAAGAAUGCGCUUAGAAAAAGAACUUCAAGAAAAUAUCGAUGACCUUAAGGGUAAGGAAGAAGUUUACAAGGCACGCAUUGCAGAAUUGGAAAAUAACGUUUCUCAUUUGCACGAUGAGCUCCACAGAAUAACAGGAGAUAUUGAUUCCGGAUUUGGAUCUGAACCUUCCACAGACAGUAUUAGUAACUUUAGACGAGAGAAGUUGCUCAACCAACUUAGAGAGCUCCGUGAUCGCGAAGCAGAAUUACGAGAGAAAUUAGAUGAAAUGGAGCAGAAAGAGGCUGCUUAUAGAGAAACUCUUGAGCAUGCUGAUCGAAUAGUGGCAUCCGUAGAACAAGGAUAUAAAAAUAAAAUCGAAGAACUGGAGAUUUCGGAAAGGAAUUUAAAGCAACGUGUAGGACACUUAGAAGCGGUGGAAAGCCAUCUUAGAGGAGUGUUGCACAAAGAAAGGCGAAGUUCAGAUGGCAGAAAGCCUGAUGAUCUAGUUGUGGAGCUUCUUGAAGCGGAAGCACGAGAAACAGGAUUAAAGGAGAACAUCGAAAGGUUAGAACAAUUGCAGAGAAGCUCCAUGAACAAAGUGAAGGAUCUAGAAAAGCUCCGAGAAAAGCUCGAAGCCCAGCUGUGUGACCGAGACGAAUUAUCAUCUAAUCUACAGAAAACGCAGCAAGAGCUGGACCUCGCGCGCAAAUCUGUAGCCAAACUGAAGAAGUCUGAAGAAGAUCUGAAGACAUCGCUCCAACAAACAGAAAGUGUGCUAGCGACAACAGAGAGCCAGAUGAGGAACAAAAUUAAAACCAUCGAAGAAGAAAAGAGAGGUCUCGAAGAGACAGUUGAAGAGUUAAGAGCGCAGGUACGAGACCUAAAGAAUAAACUGGAAAGAAUAUCUGACGAUGAAGAAGAGGAAAGAAUGUCAGUCGCCAUUCCAAAUCAAUCGUCUGCCUCCUCAAGCCUACAAAAAGCCUGCGGUGAGGAUAUUGAAGAUGCUGAUUACACAGAUGUUGAUGAUUCUUCUCCUGACUUGGAUAUUCAAGAUAAUAAACCUAACGAAAACUUCUCCGGGAGAACUCCAAUUAAAACACCACUUUCUCAGCUUUCCAGUUUAGAAAAUUUUCCAGGUACUCCUACUACUUCCAGCCCAACUACAAUUAAAACGCUAUCUUCCCAGCCAUUCAGUUUAGGAAAUUUUCCAGGGACUUUAGCUGCUUCCAGUCCACCUCCAAUUAAAAUACCAUCUUCCCAGCCAUUCAGUUUAGGAAAUUUUCCAGGGAGUCUAGCUGCUUCCAGUCCAGCUUCAAUUAAAACGCCAACAUCCGAGCCAUCCAGUUUAAGAAAUUUUCCAGAUACCCCUGCUUCUUCCAGUCUCUUUCAAGAACCCAAUAGGCAACAGGUUGAGGUAGAUAGUUACGAUAGCGCUCGUCAGAAUUUUGAGGAUUGCAUGAUGAAAGCAAUGGCUGCUAUGAAACACGAUUUACAGGCGAAGAAAAUAAACAGAGAAAAUACGGAGAAACGAAUGAAAUUUUUUCUUUCUGACCAAUCCAGACAACAGACUACACCUCAGCAAGUAACUUCUCAGAAGGCAGAGGAGGAAGAACAUGAUUACGAUGAAGUUCUACCACGUCCCACUAACUUCCGUGUUGUCCAAAGAGUGGGAUCUGAUACUCUUCUGGUUGGCUGGGAUUAUGUGAAUCCUGCACUUCUGGAAGGAUUUGAGGUUUACGUCAACGGCCAGCUGCAUGAAACUGUUUACGCACCGGAUCGUACAAAAGCUCUCAUAAGUGGCCUCAAUCUAAAGCGGCAUUUGCAGCUGAGUAUUUGUGCAUUGUCCCAGUGUGGUCAGAUGUCUGAACCUGCGGUUCUUGAAUUGCCUUCCCCAGGCAGAAACAAUGGCUUCUAUUUCCAAGAUGAAGACGACGAUGAAGAUGAAGACAGUCUUUUUGAAGAUUCUGUGUAUGAAAAAAACAGACCUUAUUCCAUGGAAUGGUGACUUGAAUGAACUGAAUGGCUCACAACUGCAUUUAAUUGUCAGAGACUUCUUUCAUUUUACCAGAACUCAGAAAGAUAUGUUGAUGUGUUCUCAACGAACAAAAUGUGAUGACUGAGAAACUGACACACAUAUCAUUUAGUUUUUAUCCGUUGUAGAAAGACUUUGUAGUUUUAUAACAAUAGAUAGAUUAAAAAUCAUCUGUGAUUUGUGAAAAAAUGUGUUUUCAUCAUGGUCCUAUUUACACUAUUAACUGAUCGUGCAAGGUCACGAAACUGUUAUAGAAAACACGAUAGCUUCUAGCUAAUUUGAAACUGAAUGUAAUUUAUAAUUAUCAUUCCCUUAAAGAAACUGAAAGAAACACAGUUGGCAAAAUUCAGUUUUUACUAGAUAUCAACUAUGUAAAGUGUUUGGCGCUGUCAUUGAAAUGAUAAUGAAAUAAAGAUUAAAUUAUGCUAAUUAUCA